UAAAACCAGCGGCAUCUCGCGCGCUCUUCAGAAAGCUCCCAUCAGGUCACGCACAGUCACGCACGGACACAGACGGAGCGCGCGGGAUGCCUGCGAACUGACGAGCACCGUUCAUUAAACAACAGAGCAUCAGCAUCAUGACCAGGUCUGUGAGGGAGGAGCUCACGUCGGUGGAGUCGGACGAGCAGCGGGAGCUCUGCAGCCCUGCAGGCAGAGAGACGGAGAGGGCAGGAGCGGAAGCCGGGAUGGAGGAGGAGGAGGAGGAGGAGGAGGACCGACUCCACCACCCGGAGGAGGACGAGGAGGAAGACGACGAGGAAGAUGAGGAGGAAGAGGAGGACGGAGAGAACAAGCCCAAGAGGCGAGGGCCGAAGAAGAAAAAGAUGACCAAGGCUCGCCUUCAGAGGUUUAAGAUCCGUCGAAUGAAGGCCAACGCCCGGGAGAGAAAUCGCAUGCACGGGUUGAACGACGCUUUGGAGAGCCUCCGAAAAGUCGUCCCCUGUUACUCCAAGACCCAGAAACUGUCCAAAAUUGAGACCCUGCGCCUCGCCAAGAACUACAUCUGGGCUCUCAGUGAGAUCCUGCGGUCUGGCAAAGCCCCCGACCUAAUGAGUUUCGUCCAGGCACUUUGCAAAGGUCUUUCUCAGCCGACCACCAACCUGGUGGCAGGCUGCCUGCAGCUGAACCCUCGGACCUUCCUCCCGGAGCAGACACCCGACAUGCCCACGCACCUUCCCCCUGCCGGUGCCGCCGCGUAUCCCGGACACUUCUCUUACCAGAGCCCUGGACUGACAGCCGGUUUGCCCAGCCCCCCCUACGGUACCAUGGACCCUUCCCAUAUUUUCCACCAGGUCAAAGGUCAGCCAUACGGUUCCUUGGAACCCUUCUUCGAUGGAGUCCUGGUGUCCGACGGCCCGGCAUUUGACCCACCUCUCAGCCCGCCCCUGAGCAUCAAUGGUAACUUCUCGUCUUUCAAGCACGAGCCCGUCGCUGGCUCCGACUACGACAAGAGCUUUUCCUUCAGCGUGCACUACGGAGGCGGAGGAGCCGGUGGCCAUCCCUCCAUCUAUGGCAGCGGGGGGCCCAACCCACGGUGCGGUGAGCUCCAGGUGGAACAACUGAUGGGGUUUGACGGACACUCACACCACGAACGGCUGAUGAACGCCCAGUUAAACGCCAUUUUUCAUGACUCCUGAGGAUGAAGGACCGUGAAACUGAUGAAGACUGAGAGACCGUGCCAUGAGAAGACCACUAUCUUUUCAUUGCUGUCUUGUUUUUCAUCUUUCUGUCCUCAUCAAGGUCUUUAACUUCUCUUUAUGAUGGCAGUUCAACAGUUGCCAUAACCUUCUCUGUAGCGCUUCACCUGGCAGGAGUCGCUCUUCGAAUGUCUUGUCAGUGUCCAUAUUAUCAUUUAAAAAUAAUCAACAAUCAAUGAGCAAUAAUCUGGAGAAAACUAUGCAAUUUUGUGAAAAAUCUGGGCAAUGCUCGGACGAUGAUUCCAAAUGUUGAAAGAAUAAAGACUUUUCUAUAUUUUUGGGGUCUGUGAGUGAGGCGUUGUUGGGCUGUUGUCGGGCUGAAGUGUUAUCCUCGUUCAUGUUGUUUUUAAGUUUUUGCUUUUUUUAUGGUUUCUGUAGUGUUAUGUUAUCAUUUCAUGUGACUCUUGUUCAUAUUUUAUAAGAUAGAUGUUUAUAAAGGCCUUUUAUUAAAAGGAAUUUCACGUCA